ACAAAUGGUUCGUGCGUUGUCCUCCAGAUGUCGCUAUUCGCCGUUCAGGGUUGUUUUGUUUUCAGCGGCGGCGGUCUGUCACUAUUGUCAUGGCGUUCGCGUGAAAUGUCACCGAGCUAGCGAAUAGUUUAUACAAUGUAAAUUAUAAGCUUAUUCUGUAUGAUGUAGUUGUGUUUGAUGUGUGCCGGGUGUGUGGUGUGCGAACGCCCGUGGAGUGAUGUCAGUGGCCGGCGGGUAUGCGGCCGCGGAAGAUAAAAAACCAGGUUAUUGUGAGGACAGCACGGACAGCGACAAUGACACCGAGAGGAAGCGCCUCUUACGGAGGAUCUCCACAAGCAAGUGCGUCGGAAGACUUCCCGUGGUCAAGGAGGGUUACCUGAUGAAGCAGACGCGCAGCUUCCAGCGAUGGCAGCGCCGGUACUUCAGGCUGCGCGGGCGCACGCUGUACUAUGCCAAGGAGAAGGACUGUCAGCUGUGGGACGAGUGCGAAUUAGAGGACGCCACUUUCGCGGAGUGCAGCACCAACAACGCGAAAAACAGUUUCCAGGUGAUAACAGCGAGUCGUUGCCUGGUGCUGUGCGCGGACAGCCGCAGCGAGAUGGAGUCGUGGGCGGGCGCGCUGCGCGGGGCGCUGCACCGCGGCGCCGACGUCGCGGACCUGGUCGCGCGACUGUCCUCCGGUGACCAUCACUGGUACGCAGCGACGCACGCUCGGCCGACCUUCUGCAACGUGUGCCGCGAGCCGCUCGGCGCGCUCGGCACUGCGCACGCGCUCGCCUGCGAGCUCUGCAAGUACAAGGCGCACAAGCGGUGCGCGUCGCGGGCGCCGCCGUCUUGUAAAUGGAGUACGCUUGCCUCGCUAGGACCUCAUGUCGUGGAAGAUGCUGAAGGGAACAUAAUAAUGCCGCAUCAAUGGCUGGAGGGGAAUCUGCCGGUGGCGGCCAAGUGCGACGUGUGUGAUAAAACCUGCGGUUCAGUGCUCAGAUUGCAAGACUUCAGAUGCGUGUGGUGCCGGCGCUGCGUGCACGCGGCGUGCAAGCCGACGUGGAGCGCGUCGUGUUCGCUGGGGCCGGCACGCGCGUCGGUCGUGCCGCCAACACGCCUGCACUCCGUCGGGCCCGACGACGCCUGGGUGCCUGACCGACCGCCCAAUGCAAGCCCACUUAUAGUGUUCGUUAACUCCAGAUCAGGUGAUAACCAAGGCGUGAAGUUCCUGCGUCGCUUCAGACAGCUGCUGAACCCGGCUCAGGUGUUCGAGUUGAGUGGGGCGGGGCCUCGGCUAGGCCUGCGUCUGUUCAGGCACUUCGCCCCCCUCAGGGUGCUGGUAUGCUCUGGUGAUGGGUCGGUCGGCUGGGUGCUGCAGGAGGUCGACAAACUGGAUAUGCAUCGUCAGGUCCAGACAGCAGUACUGCCUCUAGGCACCGGCAACGACUUGGCCCGAGUGCUUGGCUGGGGAGCCUCCUGUGAUGACGCCGCCAACCUGCAGCAGCUCAUAGAGCGAUACGAGAGAGCUUCCACUAAGAUGCUAGACAGGUGGUCGAUAAUGACAUUCGAGCGCGCUCUGUCGGCGCCGCCGCCUCCGCCCGUGCCGCCUGAUCUGAUGGAGGAAAGCUCGCUGCUUAUGAACCUACAGGAUAUCAUGCAGGCUGGUGAAGUAAGUUGUGCUGCCAGCACGUCUCUCCGCGCGGGCUGCUCGCGGCUGGCGGCGGCGGGGGAGCGCGCGGGGGGCGGGGCGGCGCGCGCCGCUCACCGCCUGCGUCGCGCCGUGUCGCUGCUGCUGCACGCGCGCGCGCAUCUCGCGCACGACCAUGCGCGCUGCAAAUCGUGGGAACCAGUAGAGACGACCAGCGACAGCGAGCCUGAAGCACAACCAGUUGCCGAGAAGGGCAGCAUCGAAAAGACUGAAAAGGAACAACUGAAUUGGGCAGUACGCGGGUGCGCGCUGGCGGGCCGAGCUGACAGUGUCAAGCGCGCGUUGCGGUCACUCCUGCGCACUCUUACUCAAGUGUACCCGCAGGGCGUAUCACAAGAAGUGGACUCGUGCGAUACGUGCGACACGUGCGAGAGCUCCGUGGCGGGCGGGCCGGCGGUCGCGGCCGCGGGCGCUCCGCCCUCCGCUGGGGGGGCUCCGGAGGUCGCCGCGCUGCCGGUGCCGCGAGCCUUCGCUGACAGCCGCCGAUCAUCUGCUGCUAGUGCUAUUUCUGCCGCCUCACUGCAUCCAGACAACAUUCCAGACGUAGAUGAAGAUAUAGUUAAAUUAAUAAGUUCGAACCCACCGGAAAGCUUCAAUUUAGAAGUGGACAACAAAGCGGAACGCAGCAAGACAAGUUCCGCGUCGCCUCAGGACCGGCUCUCGCUGUCAAACCUCUCCUCCUGUGAUACUAGUUCCUGCAAGAACCUCCUGAGGCCAGAACUGGAGCGCACAUAUAAUAGUAGUAGUCUUACCAUACCUAACCUAGUUGUCUCUGAUGAUAGCGAUAAGAGAUCGAUAUUACAGGGAGAUACUUAUGAAUCGGACCAAUUGACUAUAAUAGACAUCGACAAACCGUAUACUGACGACGUGCACUUCGAGAUGAGUGCGAGGGUGACGCCGGCCAGCGGCGAGUGCACGCCCGACCGGCGCCUCUCCAGCGUAGACUUAGAGAUCGAGGCCAGUAGUUCAGAGGGGUCCAACAUUAGCGACGACUUUAGUUUAAUAUCGGAAAUCAUUGAAGCGAAACCAGAGGAGAUCGAGGAAGCGGGCGGUAUCGGACACAUCGACUCCCCAGAAAUGUCCGAAACCACUUACGUCAACUCUGAGACCUUACACGGAGAGUCCAUUAUGGACGACAUCAGCUCCAUGCUCGGACAAGAAGUACUGUUGGCGAUGAUGGGGAAGAAUGGAGAAAACGAAACUUACACCGAUGACACAACCUUAUUCACAUCUGACACUGUGUCCGACAUCGCGAUGGAUAGCCGAAAUCCAAGCUUGGAGAAAAACAACGAAGCUAAACUUAAAUACAUAACGAAAGUCAAGAAACCAAAAGAAGUAGAAGUAGAGAAGUUUGGUUUUGAAAAUAGAGUAUUCUACAUCGAAAACGCAACGAAAGCAGAGGAACAAGUGAAGUACUGCAGCUUAGCACAUUUCGAGGAAGGAAACGACAUAGCCAGGAAAUCUUUUAAGAAGCAAUUUAAGAAGAGUCUUAAAAAACGUGUGAUGGAAGAUGUGAGUUUAAUUCAUCUUCUUCCAAAAACAUCCGAAGAAAAGCUCAGAAGCGGUGAAAAGGGUGAGUCCCACAAUUAUUUGGAAACACCAAAACUUGCUUUUGACGACCACACAGAUGUUUCAGACGUAACGGGUUUUCCACAAGUAAGCGUCGUGGUAGAACCUCCUUCACCGUCACACAGUGAAGAUAAGAAGAGCUUGAAGACUUGUCCGAGCCGCAUGGCAUCAGUAUUGAGUGAUAUUUUUGAUCAGGGAACGGAUACUCUCAGUGUGAAUUCUCCAGAGCCAAGUAUUGGCAGUACUAGAGAGCGGAGACAGUCGGACAAUCCUAGGCUCUUGGGGCAGACUGACCCGGAGUACGGCAAGUUCCUGAGCUGUUCUCCGGCAGCCACGCGCAGGAUAUCAUGCGGCAGUCUCUUCAAACCAGGAGAGCCCGAUAAAUUAUCCACAUCGGUGUCAUCAAUAUGGGGUGAGGGUGGCGCAAACUCAGGGCUUGGUUCCAAAGAGGCAAACGAAAAGGCAAAGAAGCUGCCGAUCAUCAACCCGUUAGUCCAACUGCCGGCGUGGCCUCAUGUCACACAAGGAUUCAUCAGCCAGUGUCUGCUAGCAAACGCUGACGCCCUCUGCGCCGCCGUCAGUCCUCUCAUGGACCCUGACGAAACACUACUAGAAGGAUUCUACGAAAGAGCUGUGAUGAACAACUACUUCGGUAUUGGAAUCGACGCGAAGAUAACGCUAGACUUCCACAAUAAGAGAGAGGAACAUCCAGAGAAGUGUAGAUCCAGGGCCAGGAACUACAUGUGGUAUGGAGUGCUUGGCUCCAAGGAGUGGGUGAACAGGACUUACAGACACUUAGGUCAACGGGUACAGCUAGAGUGCGACGGCCAGAGGAUACCUCUGCCAGAACUGCAAGGUAUUGUGGUUCUGAACAUACCUUCAUUCAUGGGCGGCACCAACUUCUGGGGAGGUACCAGAGCUGAUGAUAUCUUCCUCGCUCCUUCGUUUGAUGAUCGAAUUCUUGAGGUCGUAGCAGUUUUCGGAUCGGCUCAAAUGGCAGCAUCCCGUCUGAUAAACCUGCAGAAGCACCGCAUAGCGCAAUGCCGCGCGGUCCAGAUCAACAUCCUCGGUGAAGACUGUGUCCCGGUGCAGGUGGACGGCGAGGCCUGGCUGCAGCCCCCCGGCUGCGUCCGGAUCAUACACAAGAACAGAGCCCAGAUGCUGUGCCGGUCCAGAGCCCUCGAGACUAGUCUUAGAACGUGGGAUGAGAAGCAGCAGCUGAAGGCGCACGCGCUGGCCGGCUCCGGCGCAGGCGCAGGGCUCGGCAGUCCGCGAGUCGCACUCUCUGCGGCCGAGAACUCGCAAUUGUUGGCCUUGCUCGACGAUAUCAAUACGCUGGUUAAACAUGUCAAACUAUCAUGUAUAAGCGAGACGUCUGCCAGCGGCGGCGUAUCGCACGGCGUGUCACUCGCGCGGCGGGUCGCGGCGCACGCGGACGCGCUGCAGGACGCCGACGGCAAGCUCCUGCCCGCGCCGCAGCUGAGGCGACUGCUAGCUACGCUGCGAGUUAAACAAAUUACUUAUGUUUUGUGUAUGAAGGUCGAAAGCUGCCACGAACUAGUAGAGAGCGGUGGCAUAAGCGGCGCAGGCGCCGGAGCCGCCGCGUCCUUACGAGCUCACCUGGCACGAGCAACACUUCACGAUGGAUACGCCUUCCUACAAACCGAUGAGGUCCAAAAGAAAGGCAGUCGCUGGCUGAGAGGCCGACGAAGCGUAUCCGAAGGCCCGACGCCGACGUUCACCGCCGCUCAGGUCCGCUCAUGGGGAGUAAAGGAGGUCCAGACCUGGCUGGAGUCGCUUCAGCUCAACGAGUACGCUGAGGCCUUCGCUAAGCACGACGUCACAGGAAGGGAAUUGCUGUCGCUUGCGAGGAGGGACCUGAAGGAUCUCGGUGUCACCAAGGUAGGACACGUCAAGAGGAUCCUACAAGCUGUCAAGGAGCUGCAGUGACGACGGCGAGGCCGCUCCGAAGGGGAUGGCCUUGCUUAAAUGAUCUGAAUGAUCUGAUUUUUCUUCCAUAAACAGAUUUUUGAUUAAAUAGCGUAACGUUCUAAAAUUGUCCUUAAAUAUUACCAGAGUUUACCCACCUAUUUAAAUAUAAUAUUUUCAUCUAUAGAAUAAUGAAUAGUGAUGUAUCUUAUUUGAAAACUAUAUAUUUGAUGUAGGGGAUGUAAGUAGAUGAUAAUAUACUCAUGAAUGAAGGAAAAUCAGAGCAUUGUUUUCAAACGUGGAGCUUUGAUAUCCCUUUUUGAGUUAUAACUGUGUGAUUAACGAUAGCGUCACGCGACGCCAUUUUGAAGGCGGUAUUUCAAUCGGAAUUACUCCGUACAAAGUUAAAAAAUAAAUACGAUAUUCUUUCUGUAAGUUUUAACACUCAGUACAUCAUAAAUAAUAUUUUUGCAAUAAACUUCUAAGUUUACUUCAAAUAUUUUAAUUGGAUAAUUAGUCAAUUGUUUGACUAGUUUUUCGUACAUUGAACGAACUGCAUAAUAUUGUUAAAAUAAAAUUAUAAUAAAACGUAUUCAUUUCUGUUAAUGAUACAUAAAAUGUUUACAUAGAUAUUUAAAGUUACCGCUAAGACCAAAAGCAAUUCUACGAAAGAGAUUCUGUAUUUUCUUAGAAAUUCAGAAGACUGACGAUUUUUGGAAUAGUUUCAAACUUUUCGUGAUUUAAAUGUUUCGAAACGAAUUUCAAAUUGACUCAAAUCUAAGACCAUGAGUCUCGUAUAUGUAUAGUAUAAAUAAAUAUAAUAUUCUACAUUAUUCAUAAUAUUUUCUAAUGAAUUUAAUAGAUAUCUAUCAUCGAAUAUUUCUACCUCUGUUAAAAACUUCUUACUUGAAACCUUCUUUUUCUAAAAAGCUAUCUUUGUUACGAUUUAUCCAACAGCUAUCUCUCAGUUACUAAUGAAUCUAUUUUCGUUUCAUAAAUGUCUUUAAAGUAACAAAUAAAAGAAAUUUAA